AUGUUCCGUCAUUUUGAUGAUCCGGACUUCCCAUGGUUUGGCCUCUGGUUCGCUUUGCCCAUUGUCGAGAUUUGGUACUGGUGUACUGAUCAGGUAUCAACCUGCAUUAAUUCUAGUUUACACUGAUGAUUUAUUUUGAAAUCGGCUAUAAUUUUUCUUGCAUUUUUCUAUAAUUUUUCUUUUCCUAAUUUUUCUCAACCUAAGAUAUAAAUAGAUUUUAUCUUUCUACAAUUCUUAUUUUAUUUAAUUAUGCCUUUUACUUUGAAUCCGUAAUCUGUUACUACUGUACUAGUCUAUUAAAAUCUUUGUUGCUGGUUAAAUUAAAUCGCCAAAAUUGGACGGGAUAUUAAUUAUUCAUUUAGUUCUUAAAUAUUAUGAAUCUCAUUGUAUGAAUAGCUGUCGUCGUCACUUUGCCAUCCCACAAUUCCGACGAAGAACCUUGCAUCCCUAUCAAUUGAUACGAUUAUCUUUGUUUCAUAUGGCUUAUUUCAUUUAUGCGACUCCCUCCUUUACUUUCUUAUAAAAGGCAGCUGCAUCGCAGAGUAUAGACCAUAAACCGAUUCGAAAAAUAUUUGUCGUUAUUUUUUUUCUCCCAAAAUUAAUUUCAGCGGAAGAUAUAAAAUAGAUUUUAUCUUUCUACAAUUCUUGUUACUCGCUGAGGCAAUCUGUGUGCGAAAUUUUGAUGUGGACAAUAAGAACGAAAUCCAUUACCAUAGCUAGAAAGAGCAUCUUAAAAUGAGUAAAAUUGCAAAGUGAAUUGAUGUAAAAUUAGAAAAAUAUGUCCCUCUAAAGUUCGCAAGUUUUAUAUAUAUUUGCAUUACGAGCGGGAAAAAUAACCAUUUUUGAGCCGAAAGAGGUUAUUUUUACCGCGCGUAAUACAAAUAUAUACAAAAAUUGCAAACUUCACCUACAGUGCUAUAUUUUCUUUAUUUUACAACAUUUAGCAACCAAUCUUUGCAGUUUUACUCAUUCUAAGACGCUCUUUCUAGCUGUGGUGUUGGAUUUCGUUCGUCUUGCCUUGAUCAAAAUUUAGUCUAUAGCUGGAAUCACCUAUUAGAUUUCGAUCCGUUGUUCUUUGUGUAAGUCUGGACGUAUCCCGCUUCAUUCAUUUGAAAUUUUUAAAGUCUCUGAUAAGAAUUAAAACAAAAGUCAUUACUCCCAGUCAUAACUCAUGGUUUUAUGCAUCAUCUCUUGAUUUCUCUUUAUCAUGCAGACGUUUUGUAUUUUUGCAUGCUCAUUUUCAAACAAUUUUUGCGAUCUCAGAUAGAUAACGCAUACUUUAGGGGCUGUAAGAUGUCAAUGACAAAAAGGGAAAAGCCCUGGGAACGAGGUUGGUAAGAUGUAGCAAUAAGCUUUUAGGAAUUAGAUCCGUCGUUAAGGCAAAUCCAAGACAUCGAAGUCCGUUGAAAUGGAAACACGACACAAACGCUGUCUAAGGUGGAUAUAUGACACGAGAACGAUAUGAAGAAUUAUCAAAGCGACAAGGCAACCUUUCAAUACUGUGACAUUGUAUUGUAAGGUUUAAACGUCUGACGAGCGAAACCCUAUUCUUCCCCCCAACAGGACCCUCUCAGUGACCUGAAGGUUCACUGUCAUAUUUUGUAGGUGAUGGUUCAACGUGCUUUGGCAGCCAAGAGUGUCGUACACGCGAAAGGCGGGACAAUAUUUGCUGGAUUUCUCAAGAUAUUGCCCAUGUUUAUUAUGGUCUUCCCUGGAAUGAUCAGCCGAGUUUUAUAUAAAGAUGAUGUCGCAUGUCCUGAUGCCGAGAGCUGCGAGAGAGCGUGUGGAAAUAAGUUAGGAUGUUCAAACUUAGCUUAUCCAAGGUAAUUAUGGUGAUGAUGGUGGUGGACCGGUGGUGAUGAUGGUAAUGCUGAUGGUGAUAUGGUGAUGGUGACGGUGAUGAUGGUGAUAAUGAUUAUAGUGGUCUUUUAGUUAAAGACGAUGUUACAUGUUCUGAUGCUAGGAGCUGUAACAGCUAGAGCACAGGAAAGUGAGUUUGGAUGUUCAAACUUAUCCAAGAUAACUAAUUAUGGUAGUAGUGGUGACGAUGAUGGCACUGAUGAUGAUGAUAAUAUCAGUAGUAUUUAAAACACGACAAGGAGUGUUUUAUCAUAUUUAAAACGCGAGGCGCAGCCGAGCGUAUUAGGUAUGAUAAAACGCAAGUUCAAGUGUUUUGAAUAGCUUAAAAUUCGACUACAAAAGAAUGCCAAUUAGGAUGAACAAUUAUGUAAUCAUACUAAUUAGGAUGAACAAUUAUAUAAAAAAUACUUAUGAAGAUGAGUUUUAUCACAUAUAAAGUCAUUCCAUGUGACAUGUUAUGGCUGACAUGAUUUGCCACAAGGUUUAUGAAGUUUAAUGAGCAUUUUCAAUAACAUUUAAUGUUUCUAUUGUGCGUAUCCUAUGUUAAGAGCUUGACAAAGCAUAGGGAAAUAAAUCAGGAUGUUCAAACUUAGCUGAUCCAAGAUAAUUCUGGUAGUAAUGAUGGUGAUGCUGCUGCUGGCGAUGUUGUUAAUUUUGAUGAUGGUAGUGAUGAUGGCGGUGGCGGUAGCGGUGAUGACGAUGCAGACAUGUGCUGA